CUCGCAGAACGUUUUGCUUGAUAGAAAAGGAUGUACAUCGAAAAUCACUUGGACGUUAUUGGUAUGGGUAAAAGACAAGUAGAACCAUGGACUACAACCACUGGAUCAAUGACUUAUGUUGAGCCAUCAAUUCCUUUUCGUGCAAACGAAUAUUCACGUGUACAUCAUCUUGUACCGUGGCGCCCAAAUGUAGGAUACGAAAAUGUUGAGGUACUCCCCUUGUCUACAAAAUCAAUAACUAAUUACGCUGUCGAUCCAUUAAGUAACAUGUCUACACACCCUCUGAAGUUUCCAAAUCUAGUAACAGGUUUUCAAAGAAAUCCUGUUCAUGCCUCUCAAGCAGCUCUUUACACACGAUAUACUCCUCAGGAAUGGUUUCAAAAGCAAGUUAUGUUCUACAAUCAGGCUGAUUCAAACAGACACUAUUCUGAGCGAAUUAGGAAUGAUGCUGUUAAAAUCAUGAGAGAAGCGGAAGAAAAAAUACAUCAUAAUCAAUACGACACGGGUAGAAGACUCGGUGAAAGAAUAACAGAUGUGACUUUCUGGCGAAAUGAAGUCGCAUCUGAAUUAGAACGAAUGAUUCAGGAAAUAGAGAGACUCCAAGAUUGUCGAAGUGUCUUAGAGAAAGCUAUCCAGGAUAUCGAAAACCCUUUGCACAUCGCUGAAGAAUGCCUCUAUCACAGAGAAGCUAGAAAAGGAACUGAACUUGUCCAUGAUGACACCGAAAAAUCUCUGCUUCGUGAGGUUCAGAAUCUUCGAAAUGGGCAUAAGAAACUCGAAAUUUGUCUCGAUAGAUGUAAAGAUCAGCUCAGAAAUUGUAGAGCAUCUCAAAAUCAUUUGGAGCUGGAUCUGAAGAAUAAACAAAGCGCACUCGGCAUUGAUGUCCUCUGUCAUCAAUUGAAUAACCGUAGUCAUGGCUUACAAUACUACUCAGGAAUUGAAAAAUCCGACCCCUGUGUUUCCGAGCAAGAAACUUGGGCAGAAGCAGCGAAUAGAAUUAUCCAAAAAUCUCAAACAGAGAGAGCAAAGUCCUGUCAAUUGCGCACAGACGCAGAAGCUCUUGUUAAUCGAGUAGCUCAAGAAAUGUGGGAUGCUUGGUCCAACACAAAUAACGCUCUUGCCAAUAGAAGCUCUGAAUUGCUGGAAGCCAAAAGCAAACUUCAACAACAUCUUAAUAAGGUUCAACAAGAAAUAUUCGAUGUGGAGAAAAAUAUGGAGCUUAUGCGAAAAGCUAUUGCCGAUAAAAGCUACGCAGUCAAAGUUGCUCAUACCAGAUUGGAGGCCAGAAGACAUCGUCCUGAAUUGGAAUUGUGUCGCGAUUAUGCACACGUCAGUUUGCAAAAGGAAAUCGAGGACAUUAAUCGUCAAGUGGAGCGAAUGUACAAGGCAUUAAAAGAAAUAGAAAACCAGCAUCAAAAGUUGUUACGCACUCGAAGUGCAUUGGAACACGAUCUUGCACUUAAGAUUGACGCAAUGUACAUCGACAAAGAAAAAGUCGCUGGACUUAGACGUGCCUAUCCAGUGAACGCUCUUUUUAGAUUUUAAAUUCGGAUUCUAA